AUGGUUUUACCACCGCUCCUGGAUGCCCAGAGAUCCUGUUCUCACGGCGCCUGCUACCCGCCGGUGGGAGACCUCCUCGUAGGAAGGAUCCAUCACUUGAAAGCCUCCUCCACAUGCGGCCUUACCAAACCCGAGACGUACUGUACGCCCUACGGGGAGUGGCGAAUGAGGUGCUGCAGGUGUGACUCUCGGGUGCCGCACUCCCACAACAGUCACCGCGUGGAAAACGUGCUCGCUUCCAGAGGGCCCCUGCGCUGGUGGCAGUCCCAAAACAGUAUGGAUCGAGUCUCUUUGCAGCUGGAUCUGGACAAGAAAUUCUUGCUCAAUAGCAUCGUCCUUAAAUUCAGGUCGCUGCUCCCUGCCGCGAUGCUCAUUGAGCGCUCCACCGACUUCGGCAAGACCUGGAGCGUUUAUCAGUACCUGGCCUCUGACUGCGCCGCCUCCUUCCCCGGGAUCCCCCCGAGCCCCGCCGAGAGCUGGCAGGACGCACGGUGCCAAGCGCUGCAUGCCCAGCACGGAUACCCCUUGCACGGGGGCACGAUCAAAUUCAGUGUCCAAGACUUGGCACCUACCAUUUCUACCUCCUACAGCCAGAUUGUCAACAACCUGGCAGAAUUCACCAACCUGCGGGUGAACUUCACUCAGCUCGCCCACAUUGUGCACCAAGGCUACCACUCGCCCAGCACUUUCUAUGCGGUGACAGAAAUGCAGGUGCAGGGGAGCUGCUUCUGCAACGGGCACGCGGAUCUCUGUGCUCCCUCUGGAGAUCAGCACGUCGUGGUUCAUGGACAUUGUGUGUGUCAGCACAACACUGCAGGGCCAAACUGCAAUCACUGUGCAGAUUUCUACAAUGACCAGCCAUGGCGACCUGCGGAGGAUGACAAUCCCCACGAAUGCCAGAGGUGCAACUGCAACGGCCACUCCGACUCGUGCCAUUUUGACCCAGACGUUUACCAAGCCAGUGGCGGGGAGAGCGGCGGUGUGUGUGACAACUGCCAGCACAAUACAGAAGGGAAGAACUGUGAGCGGUGCAAAACUAACUAUUUUCGCAACCAGCGUCAGGAUUUUGCCCAUCCUGAAGCCUGUCUACCCUGUGAAUGCGAUCCAGAUGGCACUGUGCCAGGGUCCGUUUGUGACCACCUCACGGGACGCUGUGUCUGCAAGGACAAUGUGCAGGGGGAGCGCUGCCACCUCUGCAAGCCGGGAUUCACCCAGCUGGCCAACGCCAACCCGCAGGGCUGCCGCAGAUGCACCUGCAACCUGCUGGGAUCGCGCCCGGACAUGCCCUGUGACGACGAGACAGGAAGGUGCUUCUGCCUGCCCAACGUGGUGGGAGCCAACUGCGACCAGUGUGCCCUGGGCUACUGGCAGAUCACCAGUGGCCAGGGCUGCCAGCCCUGCGACUGCCACCCUCACCACUCGCUCGGCGCCCAGUGCAACCAGUUCACAGGACAGUGUUCUUGCCGAGAAGGCUUCACAGGAAGAACAUGUUCUGCAGAGCAGCAGCAGGUUUGCCCAGAUAGGCACUACGGAGAUGUCAGGGUGGGAUGCACAGAGUGCAACUGCGACUUCCAGGGCACGGAGGAGGCAGGCUGUGACAAGGCCACAGGCCGCUGCCUGUGCCGCCCGGGCGUUACGGGGCUGCGCUGUGACCAGUGCCAGCGGGGACACUGCAGCACCUACCCGCAGUGCGAGCUGUGCCACCCCUGUUUCCAAGCGUAUGACGGGGACAUCCAGCGCCUCAGCAUGCGCCGGGACAGCCUGAGCAACUCCACUUCGCAGCUGCACUUGGGCUUUGCAGGCUCCGGCUUCAGUGCCCGCCUCUCAACAGCUGGCCAGCAAGCUCACUGCCAUCAGGUAAAGGACCUUGUCUCAAUGGAGCAGUGCCCAGAGCAACAUGGGCCCACAGUGCCAGCACACAGGAAGGAAGCCCGAGGCAUAAAUCCUGACCUUCAUUUUCUGGAUGAGACUGCUUCUCUAUCUAGUGAGCUUGACACCCUCAACAGAAGCUUGGUUAUCAUUAACAGCCAGUAUGAGACCAAAAAGACCCAGUUUGAAACGAGCCGCAGCACCGAUAUUUCAGGAGCCUUCAAGACAAUCAGAUCUGCUUACCAGACAUCCAGCAAUGCCAGCAGCCUCGUGGCUGCUGCCUCCAGGCUGCUAACUGAAUCCAGAGAGAACAGGAGAAGCGUUGAGGGACUGGAAGGGGCUUUCACAGACUACACCUCCACGCUGCAGACUCUGCAGGGCAAGACAGCCUCCUUGCCCAACUUGACCCCAGUUAUAAAUAAGGUCUGCGGUGGCUUCAGGCAGGAGGAGUGCACUCCUGCCCGGUGCGAAGGGUUCCUCUGCCUGCGAGACAACAGCACAGAGUGUGGAGCUGCUCUGGGCUGCAGGGGCAUCUUCCCCCUGUCACGAGGUGCCCUCCGGAGGGCUGAGAAGGCCUCGAGCGAGUUCCGCAGCCUGAGCGCCCGGCUCCAGGAAACCGCGCGGCUGAUUAAAGCAACAGAGACAUCUGCAAAUCAGAUUCAAAGCAAUACUCAGCGUCUUGUGGAGCAGAUGAGUGUAACAAGGACCCAGAUAGAAGGCGACGUCCGACGCAUUCAGCAGUUCAUCCGGAAAGUUCGGAACUUCUUGUCAGACAGAGAUACUGACCCUGCUGCUAUCCAGGAAAUCAGCGAGUCUGUUCUCUCACUACGUCUCCCUACGGAUGCUGCUGCAGUCCUGAGAAAAAUGACCGAGAUCCAAAAUUUGGCCACUAAGCUGCAGUGUCCGGAGAGCAUCCUUGCCCAGACGGCCGACGAUAUUGCUAAGGCCAAGCAGCUGCAGCAGGAAGCAGAGCAAGCCAGGAACCGGGCAAAUGCUGUGGAGGGCAACGUGGAAGAGGUGGUUGGGAAUUUGCGGCGAGCAAACACGGUGCUCCUAGAGGCCCAGGGGGCUAUCAGGGGCUCUAGCUCUUCCCUUCGCUUCAUCCAGGAGCGUGUUGACGAAAUCAAGGCCGUUCUUGGCCCCACUGAGAGUAAUGUGAAGUCCAUUGCUGGCCAGCUGGAUGGACUUGCAGAGAGACUCAGCCAGUUGCAGCACAAAGCGGACCAGAAUCGCCUGAGAGCCAGCGAUGCCCAGCAGACAGCGGCCGAGGCCGGCGAGCAGGCGAGGAGCGCGCGGCAGGCAUUUGAACAAGUGAAACAAAUGUACGCUGAGGUGAAGGGAAGGAUGAAGGAGAGCUCGACGCUGGGAGUGCAGGGCAGCAGGCUGCAAAGCGUGAACCUGGAAGCCAAAGCUCUGCUGGAGGAAACCUCGGCCAUGAUGCGCAGGAUGGAAACUUUAGAGACAGAAAUUCAAGGAAGCAACGAAGCUUUUAUCUCCAAGUCGGCGAGCCUCGUGGGCCUGGAGGAGCGGGUGGAGAGCAUUCGGGAUUCCAUCCACAAGCGAGUCGCCUACUAUGACAGCUGCUGA